UACUCGUAGAAUAAUUAAAAAAAGAAGAGAGGAAGAUAAACAUAUGAACCCUAGAAAGGGAAGGAUCCGAUUCCAACGCUCAAUUGCUGGCUGAUUGACUGACUGACUCACUGCUCACCCACUCUGUAAAUUCGUUUAAUCUAAUAUAUAAAAUUAUUAUGGAUGACGAAGACGAAGAUGUAUCGGAGACACAAGAAGUCGAGGUUUUUCGUCGCGUUUCAACAAAAAUGAAGUCACGGCCUUGGACACAAGUGGAAGAAGAGGCUUUGGUAAAAGCCUACAUCAACGUUUCUCGAGUCCAUCAAGUCGGUAACUCAUUUUGGAAAAAAGUGCUAGCCGAGUUUAACAAGAAUUUAGGAAAGGACUCGCUGCGUAACCAUCAUCAAGUUAGGUCGAAAUGGAAGGAUAUGAGUCGCAAGGUUACUAGUUUUGCCGGAAUUUAUAACAACAAAAUGUCUGAUAUGGGUAGCGGCACUAACAAUGAGGAUGUGUUUAAGUCGGCUACCGUCGAAUACAUGAAAAAACACAAUGCGAAAAAUGGGUUUCCUCAUUUGGCCGCGUGGGAAGUUUUAAAAAGUUCUCCUAAAUGGAGUGAUGUGAAGGCGCUUGAAGAAAUGGAAGACUCGACUUUCAAAAGAGCAAGAACAAGCGAGUCAAACAUAAGGUCAUCUGAAACGGAUUUGAUGCCUGUAUAUUUAAACGACAAUCAAUGUGACCAAGAUGACCAAGAUGAAACGCCGGCGAAACCAAACCUAAGGUCAUCUGAAACGGAUUUGAUGCCUAUUCAUUCAAACGAUGAUCAAUGUGACCAAGAUGAAACGCCGGCGAAACCAAACCUAAGGUCAUCUGAAACGGAUUUGAUGCCUAUUCAUUCAAACGAUGAUCAAUGUGACCAAGAUGACCAAGAUGAAACGCCGGCAAAACCAAAUGUAAGGUCAUCUGAAACGGAUUUGAGGCCUAAUUAUUCAAAUGACGAUCAAUGUGACCAAGAUGACCAAGAUGAAACACCGGCAAAACCAAACGUAAGGUCAUCUGAAACGGAUUUGAUGCCUAUUCAUUCAAACGACGAUCAAUGUGACCAAAAUGACCAAGAUAUACUGCCGGCAAGACCAAACGUAAGGUCGUUAGAAACAGAUCUGAUGCCUAUAUAUUCAAACGACCAUCAAUGUGACCAAGAUGAACCGCCGGCAAGACCAGCACCGCCACUAAGACGCAAAGGAAAGAACUCUGUUCAAUCACCAUCUUCUCAAAUGGAAGAACUCCUGAAGAUCGUGAACAAGUUUAAUGCUUACAGCAAAGACGAAGUUGAAGAUAAAAAACAGGCUCGAGCCAAGAAGCUUCGCAUGAAGGAAAGGAAACUGGAAGCUAGGAUUGCUCGGGACCAAGCUAGGAUUGCUCGAGACAAAGAGAUGGCUAGUUUGGUUCACGAACAAAAACAACAGCUGAUUGAGCAACAAAAACAACAAGAUUUGGAAUUUAUCUUGAAGUCUCACGAUCAAUACACUGGAUCCUUGUUGCAAACAGUGUUGGCUCGAAAACGUGAAAUUGCUGAACGUUGGGGAUGGGACUUUUAGGACGAUUUUAGCAUUUUCGUUCUAUUUUUAAUAUUAGUUGUAUGUUUUUUUUGUGGUAAUUGUCCUAAGGAGGGAGGCACCAUUCCAACGUUCAAUUGCUCGUCCCCUGUGUUUAAUUUGUAUGCCUCUCUUUCUCUUUUUUUUCUUCAGUUAACCAAGAUUCCGUCUUAUAUUUAA